AGAUGAGGGAACUUCGAGCUAUCCACAAGCUAACUUACGACAGCUACAAACUGAGUCGAUUUGAUCCGGACAUGAUGGUCUCAAACUACGAUGUAGACGGAAUGCCCAGCCUCAGUAACAUCUCUAACGCCGACAGAUUUUUUAUGACUGAGAAGAAUUUACUGACCUUGCACAGUGCCAAUCUGAGAGCAUUUCAACAACUUAUAUUUUUCGUCAAAAUUGACGAAAACAUGUCCGCCGCAGUCCCCGACUUUGGUCCUCAAUUUGCCGUUAUUGAGGCGCGACUCUCCCGGGUAGGAGCUGGCAUCUUGGCAGUGAUGGGCCAUCUGGACUUUAUGCAAGAUGGCGUCCCAGAAAACGCUCCAGCCAGCAUGGGACCACAGAGUAACUCUGCACUGCGCAACAUCAGGGAUCUGUUUGUGCUCCAAGAGAUGUACUCGUAUCUAGCCAUCGCUGAAUACGAUCUGAACAGGAGGAUGGCCGUGCACCAGACUCAAGCUGCUGCUGACCAAUAGGAGACAACUUCCAAUCUGACGACAUGAACUUCCA